AUGAAGGUGAUUCUAACGAGGUUGGCUUCAGUGAAGGCAGGGCAUCACGACGAGGCAGUGACCCAACGUACUGCAACAGGCUCGGUUCUCCGUCUGCCAGGCUCGGGCGUUGGCCGAGCUCCUUUGCCUCCCCAUCUUUCCCCUCCUCCUUCCCUUCCCUCUUCCCUUCUGCCUUCCCCUCCCCCUCUCCCUUCCCUUCCCCCUCUCUCUCCCCUCCCUUCUCCUCCUCCCUCCCCACCUCUACCUACUCCUCUCAGUCCUCCUUUCCCUCCUGCCAGUCCUGCUUUAGCCGCCGAUGCUGCUGCUGCAGCAGGCUCCCCCUUUCGAGACGUCCUCUUACUUGCCUCAAAAGAAGCAGCUGCAGCUGUUGCUGUUGCUGUGCGUGUGAUUGUGCUGCCUGUUGUUGUGUCUGUUGCUGUGCCUGCAGCUGUGUCUGCUGCUCUGAUUCUUGCCCCUGUUGCCUCUGCCUCGCCUGCUCCUCCAGUUGUCUCAGAAGAAGCAGCUGCAGCUGUUGCUGUGCGUGCGAUUGUGCUGCAUGCUGUUGUGUCUGUUGCUGUGCCUGCUGCUGUGCCUGCUGUUCUGCUUCCUGCCCCUCGUGUCUCUGUCUUGCCUGCUCCUCCAGUUGUCUCAAAAGAAGCAGCUGCAGCUGUUGCUGUUGCUGUGAGAGUGAUUGUGCUGCCUGUUGCUCUGCCCGUUGUUGUUCCUGUUUCUGUGCCUGCUCCAGACCUGCUGCCUGCACCUCCUGCCGCUGCUUUUCUCGCUCCUCAAAACCCUGCUGCAGAAACAGUAGCUGCUGCUUCAUCAGCUGCUGCUGAAUCCCCAACCUCUGACUCUGCUCCUUCUGCAAUUCCUCCUUCUCCUGCUCAGCUUCCUGCCGAGCUCUCUGCAUCAGGGCUUGGUGCUGCUUCUGCUGCUGCUGCUGCUGCUGCUGCUGCUGCUGUUGUUGUUGUUGCUGCUGCUCCAGCCACUGAUUCUGCUGCUGAUGCUCCAGCCUUUGACUCUGCUCCUGCUGCGAUUGUUCCUUCUCCUUCUCAGCUUUCUGCCGAGCUCUCUGCAUCAAGGCUUGCUGCUGCAGCACCUCAUGCUGCCUCUGCUGCUGUUGCUGCUGCUCCUCCUCCUGCUGCUGCUGCUGCUGCUGCUGCUUCUCAGCUUGCUGCUCGGCUUGCUCCUGAGCUCUCUGCAUCAGGGCUUGCUGCUGCUGCUGCUGCUGCUGCUUCUCAGCUUGCUCCUGAGCUCUCAGCAGCAAGGCUUGUACUGUCUGUGACUGUAACGAGCGUCCUUGUAACGGGGCGGGAACUGCAGCAGCCGCAGCAGUGCCAUCACGAGAGAUGGGAACAGUGCCACGUGCUGGGCUGGGCGGCAGCAAUGAUAGUGUCUCCAAACGAUGCCGCCCGGAACCAGAACCUGCCGAGGCCUCGCCGCCUGGAGCAACCUCGCUCUCUGCCACCCAGCACCUGGAUCCAACACCUGCUGACGGGAAUGGAGGAGAGGGAAAGGAAGAGCCCCUGGGGAAGGGAGGACUGGGGAGGGGAGGACAGGGGAAGGCAGGAUAGGAGAAGGGAGGAGGAAAGGGGAAGGAAGGAGAGAGGCCGCUGA